AUGCACGGGGCAGCAGCGCACACACGCUACAUUGAAUCAAAAGCCAAAGAGGCUUCCAGGAUAGUUGCUCUGUUGCUCAUGGUACAGGUUACGUGGAAUAUGGGCGUCACUCCAGUUGAAAGAUACCCAAAGGACAUGUUCGCCCCCCUUUCAAGUGCUUACUUGCAGCCGUCGUCUUCCAAGGGCAGCAGUUUGACUCCACAGCAGCUGGAGAGAUUACCACCACAGGACAUGCUCGGGAUUCUGUCAGCUUCUAACAUGAAACCUGUUGGGGUGUGGCAGGAGCUGCUUCAGCUUCAAGCAAUGAUCUCCAGCGCAUUGCAGGCGCCAAGCCCGUUACAAGACUACCAUGCAUCCAGUCAUGUACGCCAUGAAGUGUGGCGCUGCACCCAACUUCGAAGCACCAUUCCGUCCUGCCAUGCCACACAAUGUCUUGUGGGCGUUGCCCACAUGCUGCUACCGUCUACGCUCUGA